UUCUUUUAGUUCACUAUCUCUGAAUAUAAUAUUACUGAAAUUACCCAUUUUCUGAGCGUGAAAAACAUUGGUGGACAUGAGUUCUUUUCAUACAAGAAUCGUGUAAGCUUCAAUGUACUAAAUGAAGCUUACUGUAGUUGUUAAUCAAAAUCAUUAAAUAAACCAUACAGCAGAUAAACUGACAUCACGACAAGAUAAAUUCUAAUUAAAAAUGAUACCGACAAAAGCGGAAAUAUUAUGGUCCGAUUUCUCAUUUCGUAUGUUAACGAAUACCAUUACACAUCCCAUAGAAUACGCUAAAGUUUUAAUACAGAUCGGAUAUGAACCGAUUCCACCACGACGGACAACUACUAUAUUUCGACAACCAGCUUUAGCUUUGCCUAACGUUUUUCAGUACGUUAGGUAUAUCAAAAAUGUGGAUGGGUAUACUGGCUGCUACCGUGGUCUUAUUCCAAAAUUGUGUGCCUCUACUGUAAGUGCUGCAGUUUUUGAAAAAACAUAUAAAUCUAUUAAAUUUGUAGAUGAACCAGGUAAAGAAACUGAUAAUGCUGAUUUGGGAAAAAAAUGUAUGUAUGAAUUCAUACGAGAACUGAUUAGCAGAAUGAUUGGAAUCAUAGUUAGUCAUCCAUUAGAUGUUAUUGCAUUAAGGAUGAUGGCACAAUUUGUUGGUGGGGAAACAAAAUACAAUGGACUAUUCAGAUCAUUUGUGGAAGUGUAUAAAGAAAAUGGAAUUAUGGGAUACUAUGCAGGAUUAGUACCCCGUCUUAUUGGAAAUGCUGCUGUAUUAAUAUUAGUCAGUUCAUGUACUUAUGCUAUUGAUAAAUAUGUUAUAAAUUACCAUGGUGAAAUAAGACCAAAUGCUAUUACCAUCAUAAAGUUUAUGGCUACAUCAAUUACAUAUCCAUUUUUAGUGGUUUCACAUUGUAUGGCAUCUCCUCCACAAAUGCCAAUUUAUGAUAACUGGUUGGAUUGCUGGUCCCACCUUUCAGACACUAACCAAUUAAAAAGAGGAAAUAGGCUUUUAUGGCGUUAUUAUACAGGACCACAAGUGAUGAUCAAUGGAGUACCUAUGCCACUGAACCAGAAAUUUGGUUACAGUAACUUGUAUUUGAAAGACAAAUAG